UGUAUGAUGAUCUGGGGCAGGUGUGAUGUGACUCCUCUGAGCGUGCAGCGGUAACCAGAGAAGAGCAUUUUGCCCCACUUAGUUGCACCGUCACUCUGGAUAUAAAUAGGUUUACUGAAAGCCACGCAGGGAGCGAAGGAAUCCUGUCACAACAGAGGGGAGGGAUCACUUGGUGUUCAUAAAAGACCAGACACACUAAGCUCACAGAGAGACAGCAUAGAGAGAGAAUACUAAAACAGUUACACAGGAGGAAGCUAAACUCAUCUGGAUAUAUACAGAAGCAGCUCCAACAUGGGUGUGUACGGAUCCAAGCCUCGAAAACAAGCACAGGUCCUGAUGCUCGGACUGGACGGGUCAGGAAAGACCACCCUGCUUUACAGACUUAAGUAUAACGAGAGCGUGGUGACGGUUCCAACUGUGGGAUUCAACGUGGAGACGCUGGAGACGGACAGGAGCAGUCCGGGCCUGACGGUGUGGGACGUGGGGGGGCAGAGGAAGAUGAGGCCCCACUGGAGGCAUCACUACACCGAUACAGCUGCACUGGUGUUUGUGGUGGACAGCUGGGACCAGAAGAGGCUGGACGAGGCCUGCAAGGAGCUCCAUCGGGUCCUGAGGUACGAGAGUCUAAGAGGAGUUCCCCUCGUGAUCCUCGCCAACAAACAGGACUUACCCGGAGCUCUAAACCCAGAAGCUCUUUGCCUGAAACUGGACCUGAGAAGAGUUUGCGACGGCCGAGACUGGUUCAUCCAACCCUGCUCAGCCACCACCGGAAUGGGACUGGAAGAAGGGUUCAGGAGGGUCGUUUAUCUUAUGAAGACGCCGUUAAAACAGACUCAGGAGGACAUUAAAGUAAAGAUGAGGUCUAAAGGCUUCAGUAUCACAGCCAUGAAAAAGGUUUUGCUCUGUGGAAGUUGAUGGAUAAACAUCGUUGUUUUUAGUUUUAUCCAUAAGAUGUGCAGGAUUCCUCCUCCUUCCUGUUCAGCUCACCAGUAAGUGGCCUGACUGAGGUGUAUAAAAGGUUGAAGAAUGAUCCUGAGACAGAGAUCAGGGUUCAUUUCUGUGGUACUUUGAAGGAAUCAUGAGGAAGAUUUUGGACAGUGAUGAUAAACUACAGGGAAUGUGUAAGGAAUCAGUCUGACACUAUAUGAAGUGUACACAGAAAACUGAUCGCAAACGGUGCUUUGACAAGUUUACAUGGAUCCAAGAAAUGUUGCUGAUUUCUUUAUUAAUUUUUAUUAUCAAUAUAUAGCUGUGUUUAUUUAUUUGGAAUGGCGCUGCUGGCGUCAUCAGACAAUACAUUGAAUUGUAAAGAUUCUUUUCAGCAACGCAAACAUGACAAAGACAUCUGUACUGUAUAAGUAUGAUACAAAUGUAAUGUAUUCAAAUCUGUCAACUCUUGUCAUGUUUUCUGGAUCUGUAUGCUGAUAUGAUGCUGUUCCACUGUUGUUUUACUUAUUUCUUGCAUUGAAAUAAAAACAUUUGCUAUUUAA